AUAUCUACGGAGGAAUCUGGAAACAGUAAAAAGAACUUGAUCCUUGUGUGUUCAUACUCUUUUCAUUCCCUUUCUUGAAGGGCCAAGAUAUUCUUGCAAAAUUUGUCAGGACUGAAAUUUUCUCCUCAACGCAAAACUAGAACUUUCUCAGCAUUUGCAGGAAGUACUUUGAUCAAUUCUUUGUUUGGAUGGGUGGGUGGGUGGAUUUUGGUCAAAUCCACCGGGUGGUCUGCAACUUUUAAUGUGGUCUUUCCAAUUAACACAGUCAAGUCUACAUCAAAAGUCUAACAAGUGGUUGGAAAAAAUGCAAGUCCCUCUGCCUUUCAUUUCAUUAUAAUAUUCUAUCUCAGUAUUCCUCCCCCUAUCAAUAUAAAAAAUUGCAGAGAUCAUUCAUCCUAAGAUCAGACAAACUAGACAUUGUAUUGCUUUGAGCAAUUAUGGAUGGUGUGAAUGAGAUCAUGAAACUUGGUAAGGUAUGGUUCACAGUAUGCAUAUCUUUGUGCUAUUGCUAUUGGAUCGGCAAAAUUGUCCCAAAAGGCUCAAUAAGACUUAUCUGCGUGCUUCCCAUCAUCUUCCUCUUCUUCUUCCUCCCUCUCAGCAUUUCCUCUGUACAUUUCUCAGGCAUCACUGGUUUCUUCGUCUCCUGGCUCGCCAACUUCAAACUCUUGCUCUUCGCUUUUGCUAAAGGUCCUCUCAGCUCCGACCACUCAUCCUUCAUCUCCUUGGGACGUUUCGUGCUUCUCGCUUGCCUUCCCAUCAAGAUGAUUCCACAACACAAAUCCAAAAUUUCCCAGAUCCGAUCAAAAUUGGCCUCGAAACUAUCCAAACAAAGUGGGAUAAACGAAAACCUUAAUCCCCAGGAACCCAAAAUAUCCCAGACUGAAACAUACCCUAAUUCCACAAUCGCCAGAAAAUCGUAUAUAACCCCUUUACAGUAUCCCAUAAAGGCUAUACUUGUGGCCAUUAUGGUGAAGAUCUAUGACUACAGUGAUCUCAUUCACCCAAAUUUCAUCUUGGGUUUAUACGCUUUGCACAUUUACUUUCUACUUGAGCUCAGCCUAGCCGUAGCCGCAGCCAUGGCUCGAGCUGUUCUGGGUAUGGAGCUGGAGCCACAGUUCAACAAUCCAUUUCUCUCAUCGUCUCUACAAGACUUCUGGAGUAGGAGAUGGAACCUUAUGGUGACAAGGAUCCUGCGACCGACCGUAUACGAACCUACCCUCGACGUCGUCACGCGUAUCGCCGGCCCAAAGUGGGCGCCCCUUCCGGCGGUCAUGGGGACGUUUGUGGUUUCGGGGGUGAUGCACGAGUUGAUGAUGUAUUACAUAGGACGGGUUAAGCCGUCGUUCAGGAUGACGUGGUUCUUCCUCCUCCAUGGAUUAUGUUUGAUGGUGGAGAUUGCGCUAAAAAAGGCGGUGAACGGAAGGUGGCUGUUGCCGAGGGCAGUGUCGGGACCGUUGACCGUAGUUUUUGUUAUGUCCACCAGCUUCUGGCUGUUCUUGCCGGAGUUUGUACGGUGUAAGGUGGACGUAAGGGCGUUUGAGGAGUACGCAGCCUUGGGCGCGUUUGUUAAGAAUGCGAGUCACGCGUUCCCGCUUUGACGCAUCGAGCCAUCAAGCCUAGUUCGGUUCGCUGUUGGAAGCAUUUUGAU